AUGAACAAGGCACCGACAUCUCGACUGGGCCAAUUGCCCAGCUACGUACGGAUAUGGGUGCGAUACGGCCAUUUCGGCAAGAAGAAGGAUGGCAGAGGAUUCCCUCCACCUGAGGGACAUGGGGAGGAUAUCUGGGUAUUCGGUCACAGAAGAACGAACCAAAUUAUUUACAGCUUUGAUAAGACGCUAAACGGUUUCCACGAUCUUAAGCAACUUCCAUUCAAUGGUAAAAAGACAAAACCCGCCAAGCUUCGAAAAGACUACUGGUCUCCCUUCGCACACAUCUCCUUCCCCGCCGGGCAAGGCUCCGUCGGUCGAUCUGUCUUCCAAAAAUUGCGCGAGUUGAAGCACCUGCACGAGGUAGCAUGGGACGACGAUUUCCGAUAUAAGAACCCCGAAGAGUUCAGUGAAGCCGACCGCAAGCGAGUGGCCCAGCAGAAGGAGAAGGGGAACAUGAACCAUCGCCCCAUCCGAACCAGAGAGGAGCGCGGUAUUGCUCUCAACGCCCAGAAGCCAAACUCCGUUGCCGACAUAGCGUCUGUUCUGAGCGGCGCUGGCCGCGGUAACAAAAUCGUUCUAUCGGAAGAUGCCGAGGGUAUUGAGAAGAAGCUUUUGGAUGUCAAGGUAAGCUGGGCAAACGACCAGGACAGAGAGUACGCCCAGAAAUGGUCUGAAAACGUUACACAUGGUCUGUUCGAAAAGCCGAGCUACAUUUCGAACGAGCCCGAGAAGAAAAAGGAGGGGGAGAAGGCACCGGAGCCAGUGGCUGAAUGA